AUGAAUAUUCCGUUCAGAAAGGAUCAACACGAUCAUCAUCAUGGAAGUUUUGAUCAUCAUAUCACGGCGGAGAGGAAUACGUUAGGAUCAUCUUCCUACAUGUCGGAUGGUGCUGGUUUACUUUCAUCAAGUUUUUCUAACGCUUCCGAUUUGAGUAGCAGCAGUAUUGGGAGUUAUAAUAGCGUGAACAGCACCAAUUCAUCUCUACUGAGCACGAGUACGGCUGCAACAGGAUGGAUGGGAAUGAGUCCUCCGAAUUAUGUGAUGGGUUUCAAUGGAGGAAAUCAUUCAUCAUCAUCUCCUCAACCUAACGGUUAUCAUCACACCAAGAGUCAAAGUAUGAACAGUGCGAAUAACAACAUGACCACAUGGUUAUCCUCUUCGGGUGGUAAUCAUCAUCAUUCCCAACAACAUCCUAACAAUACCAUACCGCAACAAGAUCAUCAUCAACAUUUCGGUACUUCUCUUCUUUCCAACAGUCAUCAUCACCAACUCGGCACCCACCAACGCAGAAUCACCACAGGUUCCUCGUCUUUUGACUUUUCAUCCUCUAUGGAUGACAUAUCUCUUAUGGGACACAACUCGUCUGUGAGAGGCAGAUCUGCUGCCACCAGUACUUUCAACUCGGUGUUUGGACCUACUCAAACGAAUUCAGUGCCAACAGAGCUUGAAAUUCCCUCUCGCACUAGUGUUUGUUCAAAUAACGUCAUGACAAAUAUGGCUGAAGAACACGUGGAUCCCACCAUGCUAUUACUUGAUUCUCCCAAGGUGGGUCACAAUCACAGUCGUUCUCAACAUCUCAGUCAUGACGAUGGAAUCAAUGUGAACAUGUUUGUUCGAUCAGUCGUCGGCAAGGUACUGUCGGAUGACAUGGAAGAAUUCAACUCCUUCCAUCAUGUGAGUGGUCAACAGAAUCAUCAUCAUCAUCACCACAACUACCAACAACAGCCAGCACUAAACAAUCAUCUCAACAUAUCACCACAACCAUCAUCACCAUUGUCACGUCGGUUCAUGUCCAUGUCCUGUCCAACUGUUCUAAAUUCGUUCCAAAAUAGUAUUGGAUUCCAACUCUUCCAACAACAGCAACAACAUCCUUUACAGCAUGACAGUCAUAAUGAAACCAACAAUUCAUCAGUAUCCUCAAUCGAUUUUGACUUAAUUGAGUCUGUUAUUGCUGGUGAUGAAUCCACAAGUGACCACACAUUGCAAGGCAAAAAACCUUGUAAAUACUUCUUCUCGGCAGAAGGUUGUACUUACGGGGGUAUGGGAAAGAAAUACGAAGGAAAUUGCAAAAACACCAGAAAAUUUUAG